CUUAACUUCCCUUCAACUCUAUUCUAACUCGUUAACCACAUAUAAGACGGUACGACAUUGCUAAUAUACACCAGAAUCUUUAGUGCAACCGUUACUUUUCUUUAAAAAAAAAAAAAAAAGUGCCAUGUAUCAGAAACCACAUUUGUGUUUAGCUCUGUUUCAUGCUUUGAUUGCACCAGCUGUUGUGGUAGUGACAUAACCUAAAUAAAGAAUUAUAAAAAAAAAAAAAAAAAAAGCAGCAACUUCCUGCUUGCCAGGUUCCUGCAGUGUCACUUGCCCUCCAGCACACUAAGGGGCCUUUAAGGUAAGACUUUUUAGUUUAUCCCUUAAUGUUCUCUUCUCUUUCUUGAUUCAAAUUUUUACUUCUCCAGCAAGGAUUUUUUUUUUUUUCGCUCUAUCCUUGCACAGGAACAUGCAUGGCUAAAACAAGGCAUUUGAUGUGUUCCUUCUGUUCCCAACUUUUACCAGUUACCUGUGGUAUUUGUACUAAAGAAGCUUCAGACGAAGCCAAAAAAGUUUAUGAAAAAAUCAUUUAUGAUUUGGUUCCAGAGCAGCUUACAUUAGACCUUUGUUGACUUAAGAUAGGCCGCUCUAUCAGUGCAGUCUUCAGUUCAACCUAGUUCUCCCUCUAAAAAGGACACGUGUUAAGGUUCCAGAUAAGCUCUGAGGGUUUUCAGGAGCAGUAUCUGCCUUAACUCCUUAAAGAAGUUUACAGGAGUGGGCGCAGCUUAGCCACGGACCUGAGCGGACUCAAAUCGUGUGAGCUCCGGCCAAACCGGAGAAUAUCAACGGCAAACCGCGCCGGACAGGCUGAACCAGCCCGAGGAACUUUAGAGCAGAGCAAAGGGGGCACAGCACUGACCGACUAAUGCCAUUCCGAUUACCACAGACGGGCAGGAAAAUACGCCGCAAAAUCAAGGCCUACCCUGCACACAAGGCCCUCGUAGCAGCGUUACACAACGCGUUGUUCCCGGUCACCACACUACCCACGGAGCCCAGUCCAACCGACCCGGCAAACACGGGACUGAAAUCCCAGCGAGCAGCCACAGGUGGAGGUACAAACACCCAGGACAUAAGCACAAGGAUUCAGCGCCCUGCGGCCUCAAAGAUGGCCGCAAUACCUGAGCGGGACACCAGCUCUGCAGGCUCGGAACAACCACUGGGGGAAAUCACUGACCCACAGUCACCCAUGGACGUGCAGUCGGAUCCUGAUGCACUGACCCCAGCCACCAAACUAGACAUUAGGAACCUCCUGGCAGAGCUGAAACAGAUGUCCAUGAUGUGUGGCAAUGAUGUAUACGGAGGUCCAGGCAGUAACAGACUGCGUGAAAACCUCGGAGGAAGACAUUUUAGAUGUGCAACAAGAGGUGAGGCCUUAAAGAAACAUUACAGCAACUUUCAAGCUUACAAAAGAAAGACGUUUGCACCAUCAGACAGGCCAUGAGUGUCCUGUGCCUUCUCACCUCUGCUAUCCCAGCGGUUGAAUGGGCGAAAGCAGAAAUCAGACCAUUACAAUGGAACAUACUAACAGAAUGAUCAAGAAAAAGGGAAGACUUGGAUUCGGUAAUCUGCCUAUCAAAAGCAGUAAGAAAACCACUAAAUUGGUGAAGUGGAAAAGUGCAAACAACAUUUCCAGAGGCCUUACAUUACAACUGAAAACUUGGAUUAACAUUAUAAC